AUGCCUCAUCGUGAACCUUCCUUCACGGACAGACACCUGCAUCACCAUCAUCACCACCACCAUCAACAUCAUAGGAAGGAUGCAGCAUCGUUAUCGAGAAGAAAAUCGAAAGAUCAAGGCUCGACCACACCUACGAACGGACAUGGGACUGUGACGGAAGAAUCUGAACCUCUGGCUGGGGGUAGUAUGGAUGUUCAUGUGAGGGUACAUAGCCCGGAGCAGUUCUGGCAUGAACUCGAACUCAUAGUCAACAUACCCGACUCACCCACGCUAGCCCAAUUAGACGGUACUUUACGGAUGUUUGUGACUUUCUGUGCAGCUUACCAUGACAAAUACCUCACGUCUCCUUCUGACAUCCAACACGCUAUCGAACUAAUCUUAGAUUCCGAGUUGUUCACAUUUCACUAUGAAAGGAUGGUGGGAAUCAUCAUGUCGGAUGCUCAAGAAAAUACAAAUCCGCAUGAUCUGUACAUACUGUAUCAUGUAAUAUGGUAUUAUGGUCAGAGACAUCCGAGCUUAUUUAGAUCGCACCGAAAAUGGAGGAAGCUGUUACCCACUUUAGGUGAAGUGGUAGGAUUGGAAAUAGAUGAGCAAAACUUCGUGCUAGGUCUUCCCCCCAUCGAAGCGAGGUUACGACUCCCAGCGACUCACCUGAUGUACGAAGUGUGUCGAGUGCAAAAACUUACUUCGGAGGAAUUAUCCCAAUUCGACGAUACGUUUAUCGACCAUUUAUUCGAUCUGGUUGAACUCACCAGAGAUCUUCAGGACGAAAGGUUGAACUAUGCUGUUAUCAAGUUGAUCGUAGCACUCAAUGAACAAUUCAUGGUAGCUACUUUACCUUCGAAGAAUCAUCCUCACCCGACCACAAACAAUAAUCCGAUCGAUACAGGUGGAGAAGGCAACGGUAAUGAUUCCGUCAAGGUGUUCGACGAACCGAAAUCAUCCAAUCAGCUGUUACUGUCUCCAGAAUCGAUUAGUAAUCCAACUUUCCCUAAUAAUACCAGAAAUCACCAUCGUGCAAGAUCAGGUACGACCAUAUCGACGGCGUAUCAUCAUGAUCAUUCGGAAGAAGCGAAGAAGAAUAACAGAGUGUUGGUCGUCUUGAUGAGAAGGUUGGGAAGUAGUAAGACGUUUGGGGAGAAUAUGAUUUUUAUGCUGAAUAGAGCGGAAAACACCCCAGACGACCUAUGCAUGCAGUUACUCAUCCUCAAAAUACUGUAUCUCCUAUUCACUACUCCUGGUACGCAAGAAUACUUCUUCACUAAUGACCUGCGAGUACUGCUGGAUGUGUUCAUAAGAGAGUUGGUGGAUCUUCCAGAAGAGUGCGAAGCUCUUCGUCAUACAUAUCUUCGAGUUCUUUAUCCUCUUCUGAAUCACACUCAGCUACGCUCCGAUCCAUACAAACGACCUCAAAUCAAACUAGUCUUGAACUCGCUGAUCGCGAACAAUCAUAUCAAAGAAGUCAACGCGACUACCACUAGAUUAGUCGAGCGAUGUAUGAGCGAACAGAGGAAGCUGGAGCGUAGUCAUAGCGCUGAGAAUCUUCGUAAUGCUGUUCGUCAAGAAUCAACUUCAUCGACUAUAUCCCUCGACUCCCUUCAAACCGCUUUACCUCCCAAUUGUACGGGUAAAAAUAAUACAUCUAUAUACACCUCUCGCGAUCCCGUUCGACAAUCUUCCUUGAAUGAUAUAUCAGCUUCGUUGACUAUAACAGGUAAAGAUCGACCCUCAUCUCAGGCAUCCACAUAUGAUCGAUCGGACACUGCUACUCCGCCUCCUCCCGGUGCAGGGGCACCAUCAUCACCCGGCAAAAGCGGGAUUAUGAGGAGGAAACCACCUUUGCCACCUAAACAUCGUAAAUUCUCUAACGCAUCUUGGACAAGUUUCGAUUCUGACAAAGAAGACCCUCAAGGGGUGAUAUCUUCAUCACCACUUUCGACUAGUGGGAUAUUACCUGACAAGGAGAAGAACAUCAAGAUACCACCGCCUAUCAUUGAAAUCAAUCAUGUACCGAUUCAACAAGAAUCUGCUGAUACGGGAAAACACAGGGAGAGGGAACAAUCGGUGAAAAAUGGUUGGAUCACUUUUUCUGCUUAG